AUGGACAAAAUUUUACCCUGUGCUCCAGUCAACCAAGAUGAUGUUGAUCUUUUGAAUGAUCCGGUCGAUGGGUUCCCCUUGGAAGGAGAUAUUAUUCUCAGAAAACAACGUGAUUCUGCUCAAAAAUCUGUUGGUUUACCAAAUGCGGUACAGGUUAUCACUCUUCCAAACUGUGAAGAAAUGUGUCUUCGUGUUAUGAAAAUCGUUGAAAGUGUCAGUGUCGGGGUUCAACGUCUCCAAUGGAGAUCAGAGGAAGACAGAACGGAGACUAUGGAUGAAAAAAAUACACCAGCUGGAGUUAUCAGCAGUCACGAGUACUUCAAACGUAUUCCACUUCAUAUCUCAAAGUGA